AUGCAUUCUCCUUCGGAGACCUCUAUCCAUUUGUAUACAUUCCCCUUUGGAGACAUCCAUCCAUUUCCAUACAUUCCCCUUCGGAGACCUCUAUCCAUUUGCAUACAUUCCCCAUUGGAUACCGCUAUCCAUUUGCAUACAUUCCCCUUCGGAGACUGCUAUCGAUUUGCAUACAUUCACUUUCGGAGACCUCUCACAAUUUGCACACAUUCCCCUUCGGAGACCUCUAUGCAUUUGCAUACAUUCCCCUUCGGAGAUCUCUAUCCAUUUCCAUACAUUCCCCUUUGGAGACCACUAUCCAUUUCCAUACAUUCCCCUUCGGAGACCUAUAUCCAUUUGCAUACAUUCCCCUUUAAAGUCCGCUAUCUAUUUGCAUGCAUUCCACUUCGGAGAUCACUAUCCAUUAGCAUACAUUCCUUUUCAGAGACCUCUAUCCAUUUCCAUACAUUCCCCUUCGGAGACCUCUAUCCGUUCGCACACAUUCGCCAUCGGAGACCUCAAACCAUUUGCAUACAUUCCUCUUCGGAGAUUAUCCAUUUGCAUACAUUCCUCAUUGGAGACCACUAUCCAUUUCCAUACAUUCCCCUUUCGGAGACCUCUAUCCAUUUACCUCCAUCCAUUUACAUAAAUUUCCUUUCGGAGAGCUCUAUCCAUUUGCAUACAUUCCUUUUCAGAGACCUCUAUCCAUUUCCAUACAUUCUCCUUCGGAGACCUCUAUCCAUUUGCACACAUUCCCCUUGGGAGACCUCUGUCCAUCCAUAUGCUUACAUUCCCCUAUGGAGACCUCUAUCCAAUUUCAUACAUUCUCCUUUGGAUACCUCUAUCCAUUUGCACACCCCCCCUUCGGAAACAUCUGUCCAUAUGCUUACAUUCCCCUUGGGAGACUUUUAUCCAUUUGCAUACAUUCCCCUUCGGAGACCUCUAUCCAUUUGCAUACAUUCCCCUUUGAAAACCGCUAUCAAUUUCCAUACAUUCCCUUCAGAGACCUCUAUCUAUCUGCAUACAUUCCCCAUUGAGAACGCUAUCCAUUUGCAUACAUUUCUUUUUCAGCGAGCACUAUCCAUUUCCAUACAUUCCCCUUCGGAGGCCUCUAUCCAUUUGCAUACAUUCCCUUUCAGAGACCUCUAA